UCUUACAUUAAAAUACGCACCAAUAUAUAAUACAUACAUACAUAUAAGUCUAUUAAAACUCAAUUUUAAGUAAACCAAACAUAAGUUUCAACAAUGUGGCAGCAUCAAUUUCCACACCAAGUACUCCGGCUCUCACAUUGCCAGCAAAGCGCUCUUAUUGAAUUCCAAUCUGUCGUUUGUACAAUUGUACUCUCGCAGACAUUUGGCUCGAACGCACCAUUUUGGGUGUUGCUCCACGCAGCGCUGUGCUCUGGGUUCCCCAAGUGUCCUGGCAUGCUAACGGCAGAGGCAGCAACAGCAGCAGCCGCCGACUCCUAAUAUAUUCACAACGCUCAGCUGUUUCUACAUGCCAGCCUGUGAGCUGGCGUCGGCAGCAGCGGCAGUUGCGCUACGCUGCGCAGAGCUACGCCUGUCGUUUGUGCUCCCGCAACACAAAAGCAAGACCAGAAAUACCGUUGGAACACAGUUAAAAAUGGUCCAUCGUGGCGACAGCAUCCCGGGCAAUUGGCAAAGCGGAAUACUGUUGUUACCAACACCGUUUGUGUGGACCUCUGCACUGAAAUUCAAAUUGAAACUGAAACUGCUGCCUUCGAAUUGGGUGCAAGCAGCACAGUUUUCGGUGGAAGCUGCUCGAAGUGCUCGACUCGCUCGAGCUGAAGUGCAUUUUCAGUGAACGCCGCAGCGGCGAACGGAGUUAAAUCGACUGUAACGAAGUGAAGUGGAGUGCCAGUGAAACGGUUAAGCGCGAAGUGCGCUAAACGGAAGUGAAGUUGAAAGAAAGUUGCACAAAAUCGUCGGGUGUUCCAGUGCGAAGUUGUGAAGUGAACGAAAGAGUUUUGAAUUUAAAAAGGAAGUGAGCAGAAAGCAAGAAAUCUCGCGAAAACUUAAAUAAAACGGAAUGUGUCAAACAAAAAGUAAACAAAUUUAAGAAUAGAAGGAACAUCAUAUGAAAAGGAAAUUUCAAAUAUAUUCCACUAAAAAUUUAAACAAAGCCGCCAAAGUGGGCACCACAUUUUAAAGCAAAACUUUAAUGACUAAAGUGGAAUGCGAUGGAGUAAAGUGAAAGAGUAAUACCGCAACCAUAACAACAUGAAGCAUGAAAGUUCUUUUCACACCUAGCAGCAACAAUAACAGCAACAACAUUGUCACCACUUAUACCCGCAGCCGCAUCAUUUUUGCGCUGAGCAAAGUGGCUACGAGCUGAAAGCAACACAUCGACUUCCGGCAAAAAUUUCGCACCUUCGCUGCGGUUGUGGGCGUCAGGCUCUAAUUACAACAACUGCCAAGCUUUUCAAAAAUCAACUGAUUGCCUAGCGACGAAGUUAUUGCGAGCCAAAGCGCCAGUGUGAGUGAUAACGGCAGUUGUUGCCAAGCAAAAAGAGCACCAGCAGCAUCAAUUUCAAAGGGAAUUCCACAAAGCAACAACAAAAUUAGCACAGCGAAAAAAUAAUUACGGUCGCAUAAGGAACAACCGUUAGUAACAGUGAUUAACCGUGUACAUGCGUGUGUAUGUGUGUGUGUGUGGGUCGGCAAAAGGAUAUUGUGUAACCCACAUAUUAUAUAAACAAGCGCCGAAAUUAUUAUCAUGUUACUCAACGCGAAUGAGCUUUAUUGCUUAAUGACAACAAUAAGGUGUGCGUGUCUAUUACCAAUCGGUGGCGGUGCGGUGCACUACUAAGCUUUUGUAGAUAAGAAGAUACGAGGACGUACGAAGUGUCGGCACUGGUUGCAGAUUCGCUGUGAAUUUUUCGGUUUUGAUUUCGGUUUGGACUUUGGUUUCGGUUUCGUUUUCGGUUCCGGCUUCGAUUUCGGUUUCGAUUUGUCUUUCGGUUUCGAUACCGUUUCGAAUUUCGUUUUGUUUUUACUGUUAACUUCCAGUUGCAUUCUCAUUGUUCUUGCUGUGUUGUGGAGCUUUAUUCAAGUAACUCUCGCGCAUGACUCGUUUAAGCCUGAAGUUGUAUUGAUGAGUUCACCAACUCUGGCAUUGUAAAAACAGCUCGGUUUAAGCUGCAAAAACGAUGAUGUUGUGAAAAAGAAAUAAGAGAAGCAAACGGACAGCAAAUUCUGUGUAUCUUGUGUGGGCGUUAAUGUAAUUAAAUACAACUCUCGUCUUGUUAGAAGCGUUUAGGGGGCGCUUGAAGGGAUAUCGGAUGCGGAAAAUACUGAGCAAUAAAUGAAGCGUCGUAAACAAAUAAAGUGCACACAAACAGGAAAACAAAAGUCAGCAACAACAAACAACGUAUGGAAAAUUGCCAAAAAAUCAUAAAAAUCCUCGCCGAAGAUCGACAGCAACCUGCGAAUUUGUUGGGUAAACUUUUUUAGUAUUCCGGAAAGUAUUGCCGGCAAAACGAAAGGACGUGUGAGUAGCACGAAGCAGACGAAGCGCGCGGAAGACGAGCAAGCGGCUUUGCAUAAAUCGCAACUAAAUCCUUUCAGCAACCGAAAAGCACUCACACGCAAACGCAUAACUUUAGUUGAGCAAAGAACGUUUUAAGGGCAACAACAGCAAGAACAACAAACAGCAAGCAAAUGCAAAUUGAAACGCCGUAAACAGCAACAAUCAAAACGAAAAGCAAUAAUAAUCUUAAACAAACAUAAAUAUUUGAGGUAACUACAAGCAACACCAACAAUAACAACAUUAACAAAUAGCACACACACAUACAUAUAACCACAAGUGAGUACAACAACAAAAGUGAAGUUUCACAACACCAAGUAACCAAAUCAAUCAGCAAAGCCAACAAGCAUGCCUGAGAGAGCAGCGGAGAUAUUUUGAUUUCGCACUCAAAUCUCACAAAUCGCACAAAUCAGAAAUCAGAUUUCUUACUUAAACUUCAGCUACAGCAGAAAACACAACAACAAACAAGCUGGUCGAGUCGAGGGCGAACUUUGCUGGGUGCUUGUUUGAUUUCUAUUAUUAUUAAAUUAUUUAUUUAUAUGCGUCAAAGCAGCAAAAUCAAAAGCAACCACAAAAACAAAAGCAAAAAACAACAAAAACAUAGAGAACGUAUUCAAAGCCGUCAAGGGGUGCUCAGCAAUUGGUUACAUCGUAUUCGCCGCUUUAGCCGCCCGGCCAACCAUACAUAUGCCGAGUAUAAUGUGGAGUACAAUAUCGCCGACAAAUUCUAAGAAAUUACUUAUUGGCAGCACCCGAAGCGUCGACUAUGUCGGAAACAAUAACAAUCAGCAGCAGCAGCAAAUACAGCAACAUCAUCACCAAUAUCAUCGGCAGCAACGGCAGCAACCGCAAAUACAUAACGCAACGAAGGCAGCAGCAACAGCAACAGCAACAACAACAAAUCAAACUGACAUUGCAACGGCCACUGUCAGAGCAGCAGCAGCAGCAACAAGAGGAAGAGAAACCACAGCAGCAACAGCAACGCCCACAAUCACAGCCACAGCCACAGCCACAGCAACAGGCACAGCAGCGAACACACCGAAUCGUGCAGCAACAGCAACAACAACACCAACAACAGCCAGCAAUAAAACCCAAUCGACGAAAAUCUCAAUCGCAAUGGAAAUUCACAUACAAAAUAAGUGCAUCUCAGCAUAGCGCAUCACUCUGGAGGGUGGCGCGGAGCCCCCAUGGCUGCAGGGCCCCCUUAAAGCGGCAUUUUUGGGGGCCUCUGGCGUCGGCAAAACCAGCAUAUUACAGCAAUUCUUCUACCACGACUUUCCGAAGACACAUCAGACGACUACGCGCAGAAAGAUCUACAAGAGCUGUCUGGUGUGCGACACUUGCAUACGCGAGCUGAUGGUACUCGACGUUCCACCCCAGAAACGUUUCCCGGCCGAUAACUUUGCCGAAUGGAAUAAUGGACAUCCGCUGGGGUUGCGAACCGUACACGCAUAUGUUUUGGUAUUCGACAUGGGCAAUUUGGAAACAUUUCAGUACUGCCGCGCAAUGAGAGAGCAAAUAUUGGAUAGUUUUAGUCAUCGAGAUUUUAGUAUAAUUGUAAUUGGUAAUAAAUACGACACGGUCACCGAGCUGCAGGCUACUUCACAGGAGCUGAAGGAUAUCUCAACACUGGUGCGCAAACAUUGGCGUUGUGGCUACGUGGAAUGCUCUGCCAAAUAUAAUUACAAAAUUGGCGACGUAUUCCGGGAACUGAUGGGCUGUACCAGCUCCGGUGCCAUUGUCAGCGAAUUCACACAAUCAACUAGGAAUAAAGGACGUUGCACAAUACUUUAGCGUUAUCUGCUCAAACUCUUCAAAGAAGGCAUAUGAGUCGCGGUCAAGGGGUCCAAGCUACAGCUGUAUACUUUCGAGCCCAUCGCUAAAUUUCCCACGAACAAAACGAAAGACUAACCAAAUGCCGCCAAUUUAGGUAGAUAUACUCACUUAGGUAUGCACCAUAUGAAGGGGUGAAGUCACAAAUUCACCUGUAAAAAUCAAAUUGUUGCAGCUGUUAGCUCCCUUAAGAGCGAAUUAAUGCUAGUUUAUGUGGAUUAAAAUACGCAAAUAGCGAAACAAUUUAGAACAUAUAUAUAAUUUGUAAGUACUACGUAUGUACAUAUAUGUAGUGAAUUAAGGCAAUGCUAAAGUAGAUACACUUCUAGAGAAAAAAAUCGGGAAAACAAUAAUAAAUUUAGCUUAGUAUAGAAAUUGUUAUACAAAGGCAAGUAAUUUGAGAUUUGAACUAACUAUAAAUGAAUAUAAGGUAUUAGUAUACCCGUUUUAUUUCUCAUUAUCAGUAUAAUAAACCGAGAAUAGAGUCUAAAUUAGAAGCUAUACGAAUGUUCCCUUUUCAAUUUGAUUUCACUUAAAAUUUUAAUUAAAUUUAAAUUACUUGCCUUAACGGUACCCAUAAUAAAUUAAGAUAUUUAAUUUAUUUUCUGAUUUAAUGUCAUAAAGCCAUUCGCUCUCAACUGUGCUCUCAUGUAAAGUUGAUCACAUCGUGCUGAGCGAAGCAAGGUAAGAGAUGGUGUGAUUAAAUUCGAGUUCUCAAAGAGAACUUAAGUAUUUCUAUAUGUCUACAUCUACAUAUAUAAUCUACAUAUAUAAAAAGAAAGUAUAUGUAUAUUAAAUAUGUAUCCAAGAAAUUUUUUUAGAAAUUCAUGUACGGAAUUUCUUUGACGCGAAUGGUCCAUUUUUUACAGCAAAAAUCCAAUAUUUUGAACCAAUUGUUUUGCUAACAAAAAAUUAAGCGAUAAGGUAUUUUAAAAUACCGUUAUAUGGAUUCGGAAUUAUAUAUUACUUUACCCUGUGUUAAGAUCAACAUUUACAACAAAGCUUGUUAACGGCUACAUACUUACUGUAACAUAUAAAUACUAUUAUUUUGACAUUAUAAUUCUAAAUUUAUUCUAAUUACAUCUCAAAAUUUUCGAGUACCGAAAAUCUCCUACCCAAAUCCAAAUAGUCAUGAUUCUCUUUAGAAUAACAUGGGAAAAUCUGUGACUUUGUCACUUCUGACCCGAUAUAUUUUUGUUUUUUUUUUUAGACGUGUGGUUUUCAGGGCAAUACUUUUUUCGGAGUUGAUAUUUUUGAGAGCUUUGACUGGAUUUGGACUCAGUUUGAUUUCCUAUUUCAUAAUGAACUGAUUUAGUUCAGAGCAACGUGCCUAAAUCAUGUAAAUUUAUUACCAAAAUAAUGGUUCGGCUCGCGCGACACAUUGCUCGUUGCAUCCAAUAUUCAAUCGACUUAAUCACCGAGGAGAGUCGGCAAUUCAAGCAACCAUGAAUCGGUUUCGCAGCACAUUUACGCUAGUGGGUAAUCCUCAGGGUCCCCUUACAGUACGGACAGAAGACGCUAUUGCUUCUUUGGAGCCGAAUAUCGAAGGAUAUUAGUUUGUGGGCUUUCAAAGUCCAGCUCGUACAAAAAUUAGAAGCGGACGACAAUCAAUCGCGUCACACGUUCGGUGAAUGAGCCCAAGACGAGACGACCACCUAUUCCGAUUUUCACAAGAAAAUAUUGUUCAGAGAUGAAGAUUUGUCGCGUUUGGAGUAAUAAUAAUUCACAACUCAUUGUUGAGAUGACUCAAAACGAAACUUUUCGGUUGUUCUAUGGACAAACAGGCAUACUUCUUCAAAAUUCCAUAAUAUAGCAAUCAAUGGG